AUGGUUAGUGACAUGAUUUCACCGGAAGGGGCAUGGAAUUUGCAUUUCUCUAGGAAUUUGAAUGAUCAGGAGUUGCUCGAGGUGUCGAAUCUUCUACAGAUUAUUGGUGAACCUAAUGUUUCUGGAAAUGAAGAUUCAAGGAAAUGGAGAUACGGUGAUAAUUUUUCCGUGACGAGUGCAUACUCCGCUCUUGACACAGAAGGUUCGUUAAUUUUUCCCGACAAGCAACUUUGGAACUCAAAAGUACCUCUUAAGGUAUCCUUUUUAGUUUGGACUUUAUGCUACAGUGGAGCUCCUACUCUUGAUAAGCCUUAUGCGGCGGAUUUGAUUCAGGAUCGAAACUAUCUCUUAUGCAACCAGAUGGUAGAGACAAAUGAACAUUUGUUUAUCCAUUGCAGCUUUGUUUUCGAGACAGCUUUAGAUUUAGCAGUUGAGUCCCAGCAUGGUUUAUUUGAAAACAAACUUGUUUCAAGGACCACAACAUGUAAUGCUCCUUAG